GCUGAGCAGGAUGUUUGCAGGCCACCGUCCAUUGUGGGCUCCCACAGACAGCAUCCCGCUCGGAAUCUGUCCCUUCUGUUUUGCAGCUUGUAGUCCUUCAUGCACGGGCUCUGGGCCAUAAAACGUGGGGAUCCAGACUCUGUCUACUCAAGCUGCUCUUGAGGACAGGCCCUGGGAACAGGAGCUGAGACCAGGCCAAAGAGAACCCAAGAGAUGAAGGGCCUCCUCAUGCUAGCUUGGUUCCUGGCUUGCAGUGUGCCUGCAGUGCCAGGGGGCUUGAUAGAACUGAAGUCCAUGAUUGAGAAGGUGACUGGGAAGAAUGCCAUAAAGAGCUAUGGCUUCUAUGGCUGCUACUGUGGCUGGGGCGGCAGAGGGACCCCCAAGGAUGGCACUGAUUGGUGCUGUUUGAUGCAUGACCGCUGCUAUGGGCAACUGGAAGAGAAAGGCUGUAGCAUCCGGACCCAGCCCUAUGACUACAGAGUCACACUGGGCCUAGUCAUCUGCGAACACGGGUCCUUCUGUCCAGUGAGGCUAUGCGCCUGUGACCGGCAGCUGGUCUACUGCCUACGGAAAAACCUCUGGAGCUACAACCCUCAGUACCAGUAUUUUCUCAACUUCUUCUGCUAACGCCCUCCGUGUGCUCUGGCCUGUGGGUGCCUCCCACCGUGGAGGUCCCCCUCUGCUGUAUCCCUGAUGCGUCCCCGCAAGAUCUUGGGUCUGUCUUCGUCUGUGUUCCACUUGGCUAGACAGAGCCCCAGGGCUACCCUCUCUUCUUCAGAGUCCUAGGGAAGGGACUCCAGUCUAGGCUUGGCAAACUCCCAGGAUGGCUGAGCCUGCACUUGUGAAGUUGGCUCUGGGCCCUGGAGCUCCCCCACUGCUCCAGGCAAACAUCGUGUUGAUUUUUCUUUCAGUUUCUGGAACUGAACUGUCAUUACCGCCCUCCAGGGACCUUUAACCAGAGGAGAAGCCAAAUUAACUCUAUAAAUCUGCUAUGUAGAUAUUAAAUAAAACCCAUUUUCAAGGCUAGUAAAACACCACCCCAGCAUUUCCUCUGACAGGGCUGGGGUAGGAUUGCUCAUGCCUUUCUAACCCCCUUGAGGCAUCUGCACGCAUUCUAGCCCUCAGGCGUGGAGGUCAGGAAACCUCCACAUGGCUUCUUAGAUGCCUUUCAUUUUCUUAAACCUUAGGGUCCUUCAAGCCAGACCUGGGGCUCAUGUGUUAGAGGCACAGGUUGGUGCCACCUGGGGCUCCUGGCUACAGAGGGCAGCGUUCAGCUCCCAGCCCUGGCUUCUGCAGCUGUGUGGCCCCAAACCUCUGGACAGACUGAAUCUCUCUGCCUUUCCUCAAAACAUAAAACAAGACUCCUUAAGGGGGGGGGGGAGCAUAUUGGUGCACUUCCCUAAUCCUAGCACCUGCAAGGUGGAGGCAGGAGGAUCAGGAGUUGAGCCUCCGCUUCGUCACAAGUUGGGUAGUCUAAGACUACGUGAGACUAUGUCUCUGAAAGGAUCGAUUAACUAACUAAAAUGAGGCUCCUGAAGCUCUCCCGUACAGAUACACGGGUUCUGGGCUUCUGAGAUGUCGCUGAGUGGGAAAAUGGUUUAAAUAAGAUUCAAGGGAGCUGAAAGUACAGAUAGUGACUGCCUGUUUAUUUUUUUCAACAAGUUAAGGGCACUGAAAAAAAUCCCAACUCACCUAUCACUCUAUAAAACAUAGAGCUUUCUCACACCAACAUGACAUGAAGAAAAGAUGUGUUCAUCCGUAAAGAGGUGUCCUUCCCGAGGAAGGGUCUGUAGGCUUCUUCACACACAUCUCUAAAAGAUGCACAGGACACAU